AUGUUAUCUUCCUUCAAGGCAGCCACUACUACUAACAGAUGUUUCAUAAAUAAAGCAUCAAGACAUAUUUCAGCGCGGUCUAUUUGGACAAAAGUAACAGCAACCGGACCCACAUCACGAGAAUGUGCGAAAGUUGCAAUAGAUUCUGUCAAAGGGAAAGAUAGAUUUUCUACUGCACCUGACAUUUGUGUUGCUUUGAUCUCAAAAUCGUUUACCUUGAGCCAAUACCAAGAUGUAUUGCACGAUCUCGAUACCCAGUUGCAUAAUCCCAAGAUACUCAUUGGCGGUGUUAUCGAUCGAGUACCUGAAUUGAACCAUGGUGUCUCACUGCUGUUGGGAUACAACGAAAAAGUUGUUCCAUUUUUCAUAAAAGACGAUCAACAAAGAUUGAAAGUUCGUAAUAUAUCCGUAGGUCGAUGGGGACGUGUCGACGAUAGAGAAAGAAUAGCAUUUCAAAAUGACUAUAUUGAUACCAAAGGCUGGGGUAAGCCUGAUUUGGUUUCUUCGGCUGUUCAAGAGUUCACUCUUCCCGAAGGUUUAUCUGCAGCAGAUCAAACACCGCCUUCGUUCAUAUUCAUGCUAUCGGAUAACGAGCCAGAGCAGUUAUUGCAUACAUUAGAUCAUCACUAUCCAGAAAUACCUAAACUUGGUAUUGUUGGCGCAUCCACACCCUUCAUCACUGGAACACCUUAUACUUUAUUCAAAUCUGCAAAGGAAAUAGUAGGUUCAGGGAUAGUAGGCUUUGCAUCUUAUAACAACGAUAGCAGCAGCAGCGUAUCAAAUGAUGAUGUGAAGAUCAAUUACACAGCAAUUGAAAAAUUAGGAGAACCUAUGAAAAUCACACGGUGCCAGGGUAAUGUGAUCCUAGAUGUAGAGCAAGGAGGACCCACAGGCUUGUUGUUGCGCUUAAUACAAAAUAGGCCGAAAAUAUCAAAAGAUGAAGAGUUUUAUCUAGGUGUUUACCCAUCUCAAGAACAAAAUACCGCUAGCGCGAUGGCUAACAUGACAGUGAACAAAAUCACUAGUGGAGAUCCUGGAAGAGGAAGCAUGUCUAUAGAUACUACAGCAACCCUUAAAGUGGGACAAAUGAUCCAGUUCUUCACCAAAAAAUCCCUGGGAUUCAAAAAUGUAUCGAGUGAUUUGAUGGAAAAGGAAGAGAUUGCCUUAGGAGUGAGCGGGAAGGAUUUCACAAUCGAUGCUACAGUUGUUGAAGUACCAAAGGAGCCAAAAAUUACAACUGAUGUUUUUGGUGGCGUCAGUGAGAACGGCAUUAUUGUGGGUCGCAAAUCUGCACCGACACAAUUGUUGGAUGUGCCUUAUUCUAGACUUUCAUUCAAAUUGUAG